AUAAAAUUCUCAACUUUCGCUCUCUGUAAUUCCAUUGAUGCGUUUCCCUUUCUCUUUCUUCUUCGCUCCGAACCCAAUCAAAACCGCACUCUUCUUCCCUACUCGCAUUCACGCUCUCCGCUUCGACUCGCUUCGAUCUCGCUGUAUCGACUCGUUGUCACCCCCUCGCACGGCGUCGAUUCCAAUGGCAGCGGGGAUUACCUCUAAGUCGGCAUCUUCCAUCACCGCCAGUACGGAGGAAGGGACUGCGGGAAGAUUAUGGAUCAAGUUCAGAAGAGAGUCUGUUUUUGCCAUGUACUCUCCUUUCUCUCUCUGUUUGGCUUCCGGGACUCUCAGAAUCGAGAUUUUCCGGCAUUAUAUCGCUCAAGAUGUUCAUUUCCUUAAGGCCUUUGCUCAAGCGUAUGAAUUGGCAGAAGACUGUGCUGAUGAUGAUGAUGCAAAGCUAUCAAUCACUGAAUUGAGAAAGAAUGUGUUGGAUGAGUUAAGAAUGCACAAUUCAUUAGCACAGGAAUGGGGUUUGGACCUUUCUAAAGAAUACAACAUUAACUCUGCAACAGUGAAGUAUACUGAAUUUUUGUUAGCAACAGCUUCUGGGAAGGUUGAAGGAGUAAAAGCUCCUGGCAAACUUGCUACUCCAUUUGAGAAGACUAAAGUUGCAGCUUACAUUUUGGCUGCCAUGACACCUUGCAUGAGGUUAUAUGCCUUUUUGGGUAAGGAGUUUGAGACAUUUCUAGAUUCUAAUGGAGAGAAUAGCCCCUACUAGAAGUGGAUUAACAAUUACUCUUCUGAAGGCUUUCAGGCAUCAGCUCGGCAAACUGAGGACUUGGUCGAUAAACUUAGUGUCUCCUUGACAGGCGAGGAACUAGACAUCAUUGAAAAUCUCUAUCACCAAGCUAUGAAACUUGAAAUAGAAUUCUUCUAUGCUCAGCCACUUGCUCAACCUACUGUAGUUCCUUUGACUAAAGAGCAUAACCCUGCAGAAGACAGGCUUAUGCUAUUUUCUGAUUUUGAUUUGACUUGUACUGUUGUUGAUUCCUCUGCCGUUUUGGCAGAGAUUGCCAUAGUAACAGCUCCAAAAUCUGAUCAGAAUCAACCUGAAAACCAAAUUUCCCGUAUGUCAUCAGCUGAGCUGAGGAAUACAUGGGCUCUCCUUUCUAAGCAGUAUACUGAAGAGUAUGAAGAGUGCAUAAAAAGUAUUAUGCCUUCUGAGAAAGUCAAGGAAUUCAACUAUGAGGCUCUACACAAAGCGCUUGAGCAACUUUCAGACUUUGAGAGAAGAGCAAAUUCUAGAGUGAUUGAGUCUGGGGUGCUCAAGGGUCUAAAUCUUGAAGAUAUUAAACGAACUGGGGAACGCUUGAUUCUUCACGAUGGCUGUGCUGAGUUCUUUCAGAAGAUUGUAAAGAAAGAAAAUCUAAAUGCAAAUUUCCAUGUACUUUCAUAUUGUUGGUGCGGGGAUCUCAUCAGAGCAGCUUUUUCUUCAGGUUUAGAUGGUUUCAAUGUACAUGCGAAUGAGCUGAAGUUUGAAGAAUCUAUGUCCACGGGUGAAAUCAUAAAGAAGAUGGAAUCUCCCAUUGACAAGGUUCAUGCUUUCGAGGACAUUUUAAAGAAGUGCAGUAAUGACAGAAAGAACUUGACUGUUUAUAUUGGAGACUCGGUGGGUGACCUGCUUUGUUUGCUUGAGGCAGAUAUUGGAAUUGUGAUUGGAUCUAGUUCAAGCCUAAGGAGAGUGGGGAGUCAGUUUGGUGUCUCUUUUGUCCCAUUAUUUACUGGCUUGGUUAAGCAACAGAAAGAAUAUGUUGAAGGGAGGUCUAAUUGGAAGGGCCUUUCUGGGACUCUUUAUACAGCUUCAAGCUGGGCUGAAAUACAUGCCUUCAUAGUUGGUUGGUAGAAUCAUUUUUAAAGGGAAUAUAAAGAUACAAUUUGGUGGCUGAUUUUAUUAGAGCCACAUCUGCUGUUCUCCCCCUUUUGUUAUUCUACAGUGUACACAACAUCUACCAAUACAAAAAUGAUAUCAAGAAGUUUCUUUCCGGUAACUAUGCUAGUGGGAAUUCUACCCGAGCACAUCCAGAUUGAUAUGCGAGGUGAAAUAUUUAGAUACAUGUCUAAACGGUCUUUACUUUUCCGAUAUUUUGUUGGGAUACGAAUUUGGAAAACAUAGCAUGUUGAUUUUCAGUUAAAACUUAAACUGGAUUUUCUGGUGCCUGAGUAAGUUAAUGCUGGCUGUUCUUUCAUUCUUCAGCACCUUUUCACUGCAAGGGGGGGAUUAGUCCUUGUUUGGUGAUUGAAAAUUUCUUAAUAAUAAAUUAUGUACAAUAUCUGUUGUGUACUGAAUUGAUUGUGGGAGAGAGAAUAUGUGCUUUUGAAGAUAGAUGGAUCCAAAUAAGAAUCUGUAAGACAUGCAUUUUUAUCUCAAAA